AUGGAUGAAAAAGCAGUUACCAAGUUUGCAAAUUUACCCGAUAUCGCCCAAGUUGAUGAAUAUUCUCGCCGGAGAAGUGUUGGAGAUGAGAAAGUGUUCUUGCUGCCGUACUGGUGUGUGUAUGCGGCCUGGGGUCUGGCCAUCUGCUCAGUUCUGGUGCCAGGGUUCUUUGUGAUGCUGUACAGCAUGGAAUGGGGGAAGACAAAAUCAGAAGAUUGGCUGUUAUGCUUUCUAUUUUCUUUCGUAGAAUCGGUACUUAUUACUGAUCCUAUCAAGGUCAUCACUGUUGCUUUCAUCCUUUCUUAUUUCUUUCGGAAACAAUCUGUGGAGAGCCGUGCGGAUCUAGACAUCCACAAAGUGAUGGAGGAGGCCAGGAAACAUGCCUCCGUACCCAAGGAAAAAAAAGACAGUGUGAAGCCGGAAUAUCCAACCUCCCAGCUUGGGCGAGAGUUUGUAGAGAAAAUGAAAGAACAGAGACAGAAGGAGUUGAAGGCAAAGAUGGUGUUUCUGGAACUCUUCUGUUACAUCCUCUUUAUCACUGUCCUCUACCUAAUCAGCUACAGUAACCGCGACAGCCGAUCGUACCAGUUCAGGGCCCAUAUUGAGAACCAUCUGCUCAAGAGCCCUCUGGCCAAACCAACAUUGGAUACACUACGUUUCAACAAUGUUGUUAAAACAGAAGAUUUUUACACAUGGAUGGAAGACACAUUUCUGCCAUUUGUGUUUCCGACACUUUCCUACAGCGGUACUAAGCUAACACUCAGCGAGAAAAGCUAUCUCCGUGACAACCAGAACUAUAGAGUGGGCCCUAUACGCCUCCGACAAGUCCGUGUUAAGGCUGGUGGCUGUCCUUUUCCACCAAUGGCCUCUCGUACAUGUUACAAAGGCUACCAAAUUUCAAAAGAGGAUGACCAGGAUUACUGCCUCGGAUGGAUAGACGGACCGUGCCCCUCGGACGAAAUCCUAAAAUUGAGUAGCUCUGCUUGGCAGUUCACCUCCGCUGUUGACCUUUGGGGUGUUCCUCAGUUGGGGGACUAUAGUUUGUAUGGGGGAGGUGGAUAUGUGGCAGACAUGGGCGUCAAUUACGAUGUCUCGCUUCAAACAUUACAAGAACUUAAAGCGAAUUCAUGGAUCGAUCGCAAAACUCGUGGUGUGAUGGUGGAGUUCACUUUAUAUAACAGCAAUAUAAACCUAUUUGCAUAUUUGUCGCUGCUUGUCGAGUUCCCCGACACUGGAGGAACAAACCAAUUCAACUUCAUCCAAAUUUUUCGGGCCUACCAGCACCAUGGCAAUUUUGAACUGGAUUUGCCUGGUUUUGACGGUCGUCGCUAUUGCAAUGUACUGUGCACGGUGGAUCUUUACAAGUCUGACACUUGA